AUGGGCCUUCAACAUAUGGGUGAUGGUUUCUUAGACCUUGUCCUUAAAAAUAGGUCCCAGAGUUUGGUGGAAGGCGCUCGAGUCAUCCUCGAAUCAGAUAAUUUUGAUGGCGUUCCGAUCGAUAAUGUCUCGGCAUUUGUCGCACUCCUUGGCAAGCUUGGUGAUAAAGGCCUGGACCCGGCGGUGAUCCAGACUUUCUCGAUCCUCGUCUACUCCGCCGUCAAGGAUCUAAAGAUCGGCAAGGUAUCUCUGGAGUGCGCGGUGUGCUUGAGCGAGUUUGACGACUUCGAAACGCUGCGUUUGCUUCCUAAAUGCGACCACGUCUUCCAUCCAGAUUGCAUCGACGCCUGGCUCGCCGCUCACGUGACGUGUCCGGUUUGCCGCGCCAACCUCACGUGCGCCGAGUCGAACUCGCGAGCGACCGAGCUAAACGCCAAUUUAAACCCGGAAGAUUCGAGUUCAAGGAGUCCGAUUGAAAUCCGGGAGGUACCAAAAGACGCCGUUGUGCUCAUUGUGGAUGAAAACCAAAGAGGGGGCCCAGAAGCAGUUGAGGUAGGGGACCCACGAAGGAGAUCAGGAAAGUUCCUUCCUGAACUUCCGAGAUCGCACUCGACGGGUCACUCGCUGAUCCGACCCGGAUUGGACACUGAGCGGUACACGUUGAGACUACCGGAGAAGGUGAGGAGGCAGGUAGUUUCGAGCGGCAACGGCAAGCUGACACGUUCGACUAGCUAUGACAUCGUUUUGCGUCGCCUCGGGAGUUCGAGGAAGGGCUAUAGGUAUGGCGGCGGUGAAGGGAACAGCAGUGUGGAUAAUCAAACCAGUUCGACCCGUGGGUGUUGUUGACGACGCCGUCGUUUUUGCUGGAGGAGGUUCCGUUAUCGUUAAAACUCCUAAGGGUGGGGGUGACGGAAAUUUGGUGUCUGGGAAGACGCCGUUUCAGUCUGAAAAUGCCGUUGGAUUGUCUUAAGGAUAGAAGAACUUAGGCUGCUGAAAAAAUCAGGUGCAGUUCAACCAAUCACAGCUGGAAACGUAUUCAAGUUGUGAUUAAAAAAUCAAUUACUUGGAUAUGUGUUCAAUUGUGAUUGGUCAGCAGCAUGAGAUGCUAUUGAUUUUUCAGCAGCCAAGUCUCGUUCUUGUCUUAAUGUCAAGACAAAGAGGUCUAAAGAAUCGAUAUCAUUUUUCUUUUAAAGGGAGACAACUGAUGGCAAGCUACGAUUAUCCAUCUCUUCCGGGAGCCGAGAAAAAGAAUUGAUAUCUUGUUUGCC